AUGGAUUAUAAUAUAUGUGAAAGUAGUAGUUCUUCUAAUGAUAUGCUAUAUAGUGUUUUGUUUGCAGGAGGAGAAAAAAGUCAAAAGACUUUAAAUGAAAUGAAGGAAGUUAAAGAAAAAAAUAGCAUAAUUUUGAAUAAUGAAAUAAAAAAAUAUGAAGUAGUUAGUGGGUUAAUUAAUGAAAAAAUUGAAUCUCUUCCUGAAAUUACAGGUAAUUUAAAUGAUUCUAUAAAGAAUAUUUUAAACAAAGAUGAAAAUGUUUCAUUAUUAAAAAGUAAAAUACCAGAAGAUAAUGAUAAUAUAAAUGAUAUUAAUAAUUAUAAUAGUAAAUACAAAGAUAUUCAACUUAAUAAUAAUUAUAAAAAUGAUAUAAAUUAUGUUAACACUAAUGAUAAUAAUACCAUCAACUUUAAUAAUUAUGAAGAUGGUAAUCAUAAUAUUAAUGAUGAUAUCAACACUAAUAAUAAAAGUAACAUUUGUAGUGUUAUUAAUAUUAAUGAAAACUUCAAUAGUAAUGAAAAUAAUGAUAUACUAUCUCUAAAUAAAUAUACGAAUGAAUAUAUAAAUGAUUCACGAACGAAUUCAAACAAAAAAAAAGAUAUAUUAAAUAGCAAUGUAAAAAAUGAAAUUAACUCAUAUAAAAAUAUUUCUUUAAAUAGUUUUCAUAAUAAAAAUAGUUCAAAAAUUAAUAUAUCUUUAUUAAAAGCUAAAAUUGAAAAACAAAGAUUAGCUCUAUCAGACAUGAAUCAAUAUAUUGUAACUGAUAAAUUAGAUAAUGAGAAUAGUAAAUUAAGAGAUUUAUCUUAUAGUGAAGGAACCAUAUUAAAAAAUUGUGAUAACUAUUUAUAUAAUAAAUUAGAUGAAGGAAAUGAAAAGGAUUUUAAUAAAAAAUCAUUUUUAGAAAAAAAAUCAGUAAAUAUAUUUGAAAAUGGAAAAUAUAAGCAUUUUUUUACUGAAAAGAGCAAAACUCAUGAUAACAAGAAAAAGGAUUCUGAAGAUAUAUUAAGUAGGGAUAUAAAACAGGAUAUAAGUUCUGAUAAAAAAAAAUUAUCAGAUGACGUAUUUUUAGAAGUUUCUAAUAAUAGUUAUAAAAGCAUAAUUACAAAUAAAGAAAGUAGUCAAUAUGUAUCUUUUUCUAAUAACAAUAAUAAUAUAAAUAUGAAAAUUCUACCAUUAAAUAUAUCUCAAGAAAAAAAACAAGGAAAUAAUAUAAAAGAUCUAGAUGGAUAUUCUACUGUAGUUGAUUUAUUAAAUGAUUUAGAAUCAUCAACUAAAUCAAUAAAACAAAAUUUAAUUAAUAGUGAAGAUUCUGAAGAAUCAAAAAAAAUAACAACUAUCAUUGAACAUGAUUUGAUUAAUAAUAAAAACAAGAUAAAUAAUAAAAUAAAUAAAUUAGACAUUAAAUGUUUCAAUGAUAAGAAUGAAAUUAAAAAAAACUUUUAUAAAAUUCCAGAACGAUUCAUUAACGAAGAUGAUAAUAAUAAAGAAUUAAAAGAAAAUGUAUAUUAUUCUGAAAAUUAUAGAACUGAUUCAUUAUUUCAUGAUUCAGAAGGUGAAGAAUCUAGAGGAUUAAAUAAUGAACAUUAUUUCAAAAACGAUGAAUUAUUAGAAAAAAAUAUUUGUGAUAUGUUGAACAGUAAUUAUUUGGAAGAUAUAAAUUUUAAAGAAACAAAAAGAUAUUCAAAUAUUUUAAAAAAUUUUAAAGAUAUAACGGAUAUUUCUUUGAGAUUCUCAAAAAUAGAUGUAGGAAAAUAUUUUCAAAAUAAAUUAGAGAAUUACGAAAAGUUUUAUAUAUGUUAUUGUAUACCUGUAAUAAGUAAAAUAGAACUUAGUAAUAAAAAUAUUUCUAAACGAAGAGCACGAAGUUUAAAUUCAAGUUUUCUAAAUAAAAAUAAACCAAUAAUUAAUUUUUCUACAAGAAAUAAAAAAGUUAUUAGUAAAGUAGAAUUUAAUAAUAAAAGCAUAAAUAGAAAUGGAAAAAUGUUAACAAGAAAAGUUUUUGAAAAUAAGUAUAAAAAUAUUAGUAGAUAUAGAAAUUUAACAGAGAGAAAAAAUAAAAACAUUGUAGAUAUGAAAAACAUUAUAUAUGAUAGUUUUUAUGUUGAAAGUAAACAUAUCAAUCAAAAUUGUAUUGAAUUUUUAGAAGAUGUUUUUCAUAAGGUACAUAAUAGUAUAUUAAAUAGAAAUGUGAAUAUUCCUUUUUUACUUUGUGCAAUUUUUAAUAAGAAAAAAAAAAAAAAAAUUAAUGAUUCCACUUCAUGCAUAUUACAACAAAAAAAUGUAAAUAUUUUAAAAUUAUUAAAUUAUCCAUUUAUUAUACCAAAUAAUUCAGAAAUUCUAGGUUUUGCUGAAAUUCCUUUUAUUUCAAUCACAAAUUUAGAGAUACCAGUAAAAGAAUUAGUUAUACCCAAUAAUUGCUUCACUGAUUUUAUUAAAGGGCCAUAUAUAUUAUUUUAUAUGCAUUUAGAUAUAUUUGAAAAAAGAUUUAAAAAGGAAGGUGAGAUAGAAAUUAUGAAUAAAGAGGAAGAAUCUAGUACGAACUUACUAUAUAACAAAAAUGAUGAUAUAAAUAUAAGGAAUCAUGUGAAAUCUAAUUAUGUUUGUAAUAUAAAUAAUGUAAAUGAAGAGGAUAUUAAUGAUGUAAAUUGUAUAGAAGAAAAUAAUGAACAUUUUGAUUUAAAUGAAGAAUGUAAAUUGGAAAUAAAUAAUGAUGGUAACAUAAAUUAUUUAGAUAAAAAGAUUCAGGAUUUAAGAAACUCUGAGAAUUUCGAUGUGAAAAAAAAAUCUAAUAUAGAUUCAGUUGAUACAAUUGAAGCCAAAAAAUUAUCAAAUACAUUAAAAAAUGUAGAGAUUAUAAAUGAUGAUAUAAAGGGAAACAAAAUAGAAAAUGUAGGAUAUGAUGAUAUACAUGAAUCUAUUGAAGAAAAAGAUGAAGCAGAAAAAUCAAUAAAAAAUAAAAUAAGAGAAAUAACAGAAAAUAACUCUGAAAAUGAUCAUGAAGAAUUAGAAAAAAGUUAUGAUAAAACGGAAAAAUGUAAAAAAGAUGUUAAAAAUAAAAAUUAUAGUAAUAAUAUAAAAGAAAUAACACAGGAAAAUUCUGAGGAAAAUAAUAAAAAUGAAGUAUUAUAUAUAUAUAUAGAUAAAAUUGUAAAUUUAUCUAAAAAAAAUUUUCCAAAUUUAUUAAUAUGUGUUAGAUUUUAUAAAGAUGAAAAAUAUACAUAUAGCAAUUUUAAUUUAAAAGAUGAAAAAAUUUUUGAUAUAUUAUUAAAUUCUAAUAAAAGAUUAUCUGAUAUGCAGGAAAUUUUUAUAGAGGUAUGGAAAAAAGAAAUGAAUAAUGAGGAAGAAUGCGUUGGAAUUUUAAAAAUAAAUGUUAAAGAAAUUAAUGAAAAUAAAAAUAUUAUAUAUUUAGAAAAAUAUUUUGAAUUGACAUUUCGUUUCUAUGAGGAUAUUAAUUUUAUGUUUAGAAUUAUUUUAAUUAGAGGAUUGAAAAAUAUGUAUGAAAAUAUUAAGGAAUUUUGUAAGGAAUACAUUGAAAAUUAUGAAACAGAUGCAAGAAAAUUUUUAAUAAACGAAGAUACCAAAACAAAUUCUCAGUUUAAUUCAGAUAUUUAUGAAGAUAAGUUAAAUAAAUCUAGUUCCUUUUUAUCAAUUAAUGAACAAUAUUUUAUAUAUGAUUCAGCUAAUAUAUAUAAUAAUGAAUAUUAUAUAUAUGAAAUACAAAGGGAAAUAUUAAAAAAAGAUAUACAUAGCAGCACAAUAGUUAAUAAUAUAUUAAGUAGAGAAAAGUACAAAAUAAAUAUAAAAGAUAACAUUAGUAUACAAAAUGAAAUAAAUGGGAAAUUUAAAAAUGUAAUUAAAAAAAAUAGCGGAAGUAAUAAAUUUUCCAAAAAAUGUGAUAUUAUGAUUGAUAGUGAUGAUAUAAAUGAUCAAUAUAUAGAAUUAUCGAAAGGAACAAAUGAAGAAAAAAUAAAGAAUGAAAAUAAAAUAAUUUAUGUAGAAAUAGAAUCUAUUAGAGAAGAAUUAUUACUAUGUGGUAUGAAUGAACAUACCGUGAAAUUAUUAGUUUCGGAUUUAAAAAAUAAUUGUAUAAAAAAUAAGUAUGUUUUAAAGAGUUACUUUGAAGAAUAUAUAGAUAAAAUAUACAAUAAAUGGGAAAAGUUAUCCAAUAAGUUAUUUAUAAAGAAUAAAAAGAAAAUGCUUUUAAAUGAUAUAUGUGAAUACUUAGAUAAUUUAUAUUUAGAUGAUGAUAAUUAUUUAAAUAAAGAAGACUUUUUUUUAUUUUUUCAAGAUGUAGGAAUAGUUUUUGUUGAUUCGACAGUAUUUGAUGAAUUAUGUUUAUUAUUUUAUGAUCAAAAAAAAGAAAAAAUUCAUUUUUCAUUAUUCGCUUCACUGAUAAUUAAAAAGGGAGUAGAAGAAUUAAAAAACAUGGUAUAUGGAUAUGAUGUUCUAUUAAAAUUAUUUGAAUUCUUAUAUAUUAAUAAUAUAACUAUAGAAUAUUUAGAGAAUGAAUUAUUUAAGAUUAUUUUACAGAAAAAAAAUUAUUACUCUGAAAAAAUUAGACAAAAUAUAUCUACUGAUAUAUUAAUUAGUUCAAACAUUGAUUGUAAAAAACCAAAUGAAAAUUUAAAAUUUUUCUUAAAGGAAGAAGGGAAUAUAUGUUCAUGUACAUCAUUAAUUUUUUUGCAUUCUAUUCAAUUUAUCUUAAAAAAGUUUAAAAAUAACGAUUUUACUACUUAUGAUUUAUUUUUUUUAGUUAAAUAUAUUAUACAAAAUCAAUACAAUUAUGUAGAUUCAGAAACGUAUGUAUUUAUUAAUGUGAUAAAAGGAAUAGAAACUGUGAACAUUACGUUUUUUUUAUGUUUAUAUUAUAUUUAUAUGAAUCAAAAUAACAAUAAUAAUAAUAAAUGUAUAAGUAAUUAUAAUAAUGACAUAGAUGUAGAAAAUUAUAUGAAUGAAAAGAAAAAUUCAUUCAGUGAGAAAAUUCCUAGUAAUGAUGAAAAAAAUGAAAAUAAGUUUAUAAAGAAAAGUUCCUCUCGUAAAUAUGAUCAAAUCUUAUACAAUGAUAAUAAUUUAUAUAAUCCCAGCGUAAACAAAAAAGAAAAAAAUCAAAUAAAUCAAAUUUCACAAAAUUCAGAAAAUGAUAAUGAAAUUAUCUUAUCCACUUCAAAAAGUUCUUGUAGUAAUAUUUCAAAUUCAUAUGAAGACUCUUUAGAUUUUACUAAUAAGAAUUUUACAUAUAAUAUAGUAAAUAAUAAUAAAGAAAAUUGUGAGUAUAAGAAAAAACAUGAAAAAAAUGAAACGGAUAGUUAUAAUUUAAAUAAAUCAAGUAAAAAGCAUUCAGAAUUUUUAAAUAAAAAGAAAAAAUUAACGUUAUCUAUGCUAAAAAGCGGUGAAUAUGAUAAAAGAUUUUGUAAAAGUGAUUCAAAUGAUGAUAGUUAUUUUGAGAAACGAGUACAUCCUACUAAUGAAAAAAACGCAUUAAUAAAAUCAAGUAUUUAUAAAAACACAAAAAAAAAUGAAGAUAUUUAUAGUGAUAAUACGGUUAAUAAUAAUUCCGAUAAAAUACAAGAAAAAUAUAGCUCCAAUGAUAAAAGUGAUAAUGAUUAUAGGAUUGGAAGUUCUAUAAAUAACGAUAUUAAUAGUUGUAUGAAUAAUAUAAAAUAUGAAAAUAACAUAAAUUAUAGUAAUAAAACUAGUAUAUCGGGGACAUUUAAAAAAAAUGAAAAUAAAAACAACAUAAAUUAUGAAACUAACAUGAUAUCUGCAUAUAAUUCAAAUAAAAAAAAAAGAAUAUUGAUAUAUAGAAGGGAAAUAAAAAAUGCAGUGAAAAAUUCAUUAAUAAUUUUAUAUAAUAGAAUUGUAAGUGGUUUAAUUAAUAUUGAGUAUAUAUCAGAAUGUUUGUUUAAUUAUUACAAUGUUAAGAAUAUAUUAAGAAGCAAAAAUAAAAAGAAAACAAAGAAAAAAAAAAUAGAACUUUUAAGAUUAUUUGAUCAUAUAGGUUUAUAUACAUCUUAUGAUAUUGCAAAAAGUAUUUUAAAAUGGUAUAAAAAUGAAAUAUAUAUGAACAACAAAGAAAAUAAAAUUUCAUAUCCAUCUAUAAAUUGUUUCAGCUUUUUUAAUAUUUGUGAAAAAAGAAAGAUUUUAAAUAACACAGUUAAUUAUCACAUAAAUAAUAUAAACAAAAUAAUUAACAAAUACUUAUUAAAUGAAGAGACCAGUGGAAAUAUGUUUUCAGGAAGUACAUUAAAGCAUUUUUUUAUUUUGUUAAAGGAAAGAAAUAUAAAUAUUAAUACUUUUUCAAAAAAUAGUAUAUUUACAUAUAAUGAUUUCUAUAAAGAAAUAGAGAAACUAAGUAUAAAUUUUUCAAAAAAUUAUAUACGUCUUUUAUUUUGUAAUCUUCUAACUUAUGAUUUAACCUCAUUUAAUAGUUUAAAUAACAAAUUAAUUUUUUUCGAUUCUUUAGAAACAUAUUGGUCAAAUUGGAAUAAAUUAAACUUUGAAUUUUAUAAUUCCAAAAUACAAAUAAAGGAUAAUGUAGAAAACAUAUUAAAUAAUGUAAAAGAUAAAAGAAGAAAACUAGCAAUUUAUAAUAAGGAAUGGGAAGGUAAUAUUAUAAAUAGAGUUAACUAUUUUUCAUAUAGUGAUUUAUCAGUAUUAAAUAAUAAGAAUGACAAUAAAAAUAAGAGAAGAUCACAUAGCGUAAAAAAUGUAAGUUGUUAUAAUUAUUUUUUAUUACCAUUAUAUAGUUUUUUUUUUUAUUUUUCUGAAGAAGAAUUACUAGCAGGAGGAAAAUUAAUAAAGUACUUUUUUUUGAAUAUAUUCGGAUAUGAAAUUAGCUCUUUGAAUAUAAAUGAUUAUAUAAAUAAAUAUUACUCUUUCUAUGAUUUUUUGCAAAUAUCUAAAGAUAUGAUAUUACAUAAUUAUGAACAUAAUGAUGAUUUAUUCAGGGAAGAUUUUUUAAAGUUGAUUAUAUUAAUAAAUAAUGUUUACUUGAAAAAAAAAUAUAAUAUUAAAUUUAAACUUCAAAAUUUUAUACAAAGAAAAGCACACUUAUUCUCAAAAAACUUUAAAAAUAACUUCAAUAUAAUUACUAGAAAUAUUAUAAGUUUAAAAAAAAACAUAGUGAAUAUUUCAAGACCGUUGUAUGAUAUAUGCCAAUCCAGUGAUACAAAGCAGAACAUUAUUUUAAAUGAAGAAGAAAAUAUAAUAAAUGAGGAUGAGUUAAUUUUAAAUUUUUUUAGAAAAAAUAGAUGUAUUAUAAAAUAUAUUCGUGAAUAUUUUUAUAUAUAUGUUUUUUUAGAAAAAAUAAUGAAUAAUAAAAAUUUUGAUAUAUGUUUUUAUGAAAAGGAAAGCAUCAUGUAUCAAAAAAAAUUAAAAGAAUAUCAUAUACAAAAAAUGAAAAACAUACAAGAUAAAUUUAAUAAUUUAGAAAAUAAAUAUAUGAAUUCAAGUUUUCAUAGUAAUUGGAAAAAUAAGUUAAAUUAUUUCCCUUUUUUAUAUCAAGAAGUGAAUAUAUGUUAUGAUGAAAAAAAAUUUAGUAGCAUAGAAUAUGUUAAUUUUGUUUAUCCAUAUUUAUUACUUUUAUGUGAUUUUCUUAAAAGAAUUAUUCAUAUUUAUAAAUAUGAAUAUGAUCGCUGUUUAAAUAAAUUAUUUAAUUUAGAUUAUCAAAAAACUAAUAGUAGACUAAUUUUUUUACAUAAUGUAGAAAAUAUUACAGCAAGAUCAGGUUGUUUUGAUUCUAAAGAAUGGAAUAAAAUAUUUUGUUUUUUUGAAAUAUUUAAUAUAAAUGUGAGUAAUUUCUUUUUAAAUUUAUGUAAUAUAUUAAAAAGUAAUAAUUAUAUAUUAUCUUAUAAAAAUGAAAGUAUUAUUUUUAAUGAUAAAAGUAGCAUAUGGAAUCUUAUAAGCAAUGAUACUUAUACAAAAAGAAAGAAGGUUUUAAGCACAGAAGAAUGUAAAGAAAUUAUUAUAAAAAAUUUUAAGUAUAAUAUAGCUUUUGAGAAAGUAUUAUUAUAUGAUUUAGAUGAAAUCAACCAGAAUUAUAUGCAUAGUCAUAUUAUUAAUGAUAAUAUAUUUAUAAGUUAUAUAUCCUGCCUGUAUAUAAGAAUAUUAUUCAAUGAAUGUAUAUCAACAGGUUUAAAUAUAAACAAAUUGUUUCAAAAUAUAAAAACAAAAAGUUCCUUUAUAAAAGUAUUAUCUAGAAACUUUAGCCAUAUAUUUUCUCAUUUAGAUAUAGAUUUAUUUUCUAAAAAAUAUUCUUUUCUAGUAGAUAUGUCAUCUCUUCAUUUAAGUUCUUAUCAGAACUUUAUAUCUUCUAGUGAUUUUAUAAAAGAUUUAUAUAAGCAAGGUGAAUUUUAUAAUUCUUAUUUGAGAAAUAAAUUGUUUUCUUUUUUUUUGAAUAACCAAAAUAUUUUUAUGAAAAAUUAUGAACAAAUGGAAAAUCAGCAUUUAAUACCAUGUGAUCACCUAAAGAGUAUAUUAUCCGAAAAUGGAGUUUUUUUAUCAUGGGCAGAAUUAUAUGAUUUUUUUCAGCCACUUAAUAAAUUUUGCGUUAUUUAUGAUUAUAAAAAAUAUCAAUUUAAUAAAACAGGAAAACCAACACCAUAUAUAUUAAAAGCAUAUAUAAAUUUUUCAAAUUUAAUUAUAAUGGCAAAAAAAAAAUAUAAAGAUGAUAUGCAAAGAGAAAUUGAUAAUGAAACACAAAAAGUAUAUAAAAAUGAGAUUAAAAAAGAAUAUAAAAAUAAAAUUCCUAACAAAUAUAUUAAUGAUAAUAAUAUGCAAAACGAAUAUAAUAUUAGAAUGCAGAAAAAGAUUUUAGAUAUUAAAAAAGAAGUAAGUAAAGACACAUGGAAUAAGGACUCAAAUAAUGAAAAUAAGAAUGAUAAGAAUGAGAAUAGUAAUAAUAAUAGUAAAAUAAUUAAAAAAAAAAGACAAAACUUAAAUGAAAAAUUAAAUGAAAAAUUAAAUGAAAUAAAAUAUACUAAAACAAACAAAGAUAUGAACCAAAAUGGAAAUGAAAAUCAUAAGAAAUACAAGAACAAUUUACUUAUAUUACAUGAUGAUAAAAAAAAAAAAGAGAUUACAUUAAGAAAUAAUGAAAUUAGUAAUAAUAUACAAAAUAAUAUAAAACAUAAAAGUGUAUAUGGAGAAAAUUCUGAAGAAGCUAAUAAAAAGAAAGAAAAGGAAAAUUAUAUGUUUCAUCAUUUUAGUAAAUUUUUAAAUGUGAAAUCUAAUUUAUUUAAAACAUCUAAUAAUUUAUAUUAUAACUUUAGCUUUACCAAUUUAACAUUAGAGAGAUUACUAUUGUUUUUGUUUUUAAAAAUGAGCAACCUAAUGAUAAAAAAAAAAUUAAAAUAUGAACAGAUAUAUUUUGGUAUAAAAAAUAUAAAUGAACAACAUAUUAAAAAAAAAGAAAUUGAAAAUGCAUGUUUUUUCUUAUUAAAUGUUGAAAAAAAAGAAUUAAAUAAUAUUAUACCUGAUGAUUUUAUUUUAUAUGAGAAGGAUUUAAAAAAUGGAAUUUAUCUAAAUAUUUUUAUUUUAAAGAAAGAAUAUGAAAAUAUGUUUGCUAAAUUAAAUUGUCCUGUUAUUUCUAUAGUUGAUUUCAUUGAUUUCUUUGAAAAAAAGAAGGAACAAAUAAAAUUUUCUAAUUAUAUGUUUACUUAUAAUUUUGCAUAUGAAUGGAUUAACUACAUGAAUAUAAAAGAUGAACACAUAAAUAAAGAAGAUUGUAAACAUUUGUUAAAUUUAUUAUAUUUAGAAAAUUUUAAUGAAGAUGAUAGUAAUGAGAAAAAUGAAAUCAUAAAAGAGAAAUUCAAAGUAAAGAAUGAAUUUAACGAGGAACUUUCAAGGAAAAAUGAAAAAAAUAAAGUACAUAAAGAAUUAAGAAAUAACAAUGUAAUAAAUAAUAGUGAAGUUACUCGAUAUAGGAAUAUAAAAAAUUCUGUUGAAAAGUAUGAAAAUAUUACUAAAGAGAAUAAUGUAGACCAUAAAUUAUCAUCAACUAAUGAAAAGGAAAAGCAGAAAGAAGAUAAAUUAUAUAAUAUAGUUUUCAAAGAAGAAAUGAUAAAAAUAUUUGAAAAAAAUAUAAAAGGAAAGUGGAAAAAAAUAUUAUUACCUAUAUUUGAUUUAAAAAAUUUUUAUUUGCAUGAUUUUAAAAUAUUAUUAGAAGAAUUUACUGGUAUCAAAAAGUUACUAUGGAAAAUAAAAGAAAAUAAUAAAAAUAGAAAUGAUGAAAAAGUAGAAGGGAAGUUUUCCUUAAGUUAUUAUAGCUGUUUUGGAACUAAAGAAAUUUUUAUUGAUGAUAUAUUAAAUAAUGAAAAACAAAUGUUAAAUAGUGAUGAUAAUAAAUUUAAUGAUACAAUAUAUAUCAAUUAUGCUUUUGAACAUAAAUUUUCUACAAUUAAAGAAAAAGAUAUAAUUCUUUUGUUUGAAAAUAAUAAACAAAUAUUAAACUUAAAGUUAUAUUAUAAUCAGAAAAAAAUAGCUGAAGCUAGCUUACAUAUCCUAGAAUUUUUUUCAGUCAUAAAAAAUAAAGAAAAAAAAGAUCAUAAAAUUCUAUGUUUUAUAUCGUCAGAUGAUGAAUAUAAAGAAAUAUUAUUUUUAGAUAUUGAUAUAUUUUAUAAGAGAGAACAAAUAUUCUCAAAUUUGCCUGUUUUUGAAACUACAUAUAAAAAAGUUAGCAGAAAUUUUAAUAUAGAAAAUUAUAAUUCUAAUAACAUGGAUUUUGUAAAUUCAAAAAAUUUCAUAAAAGAAAAAUUGAAUGAUAAUACAAAGAAAAAAUUGUUGAUAAAUAUUGAAAAACAGAAUAUUGAAAAUUUCUUGUAUAACGAUAAUAAUAAUAAUAAUGACAGUAAUGUGAGUAAAAAUAAUAAUAAUUUAUUAAUAGAUGAGAAUGAAAGGCUAGAAGAAAAUAUUUCAGUUUUAAAAGGUUCAUUAGAAAAAGAGGAAGUAAGAUCAAAGAUAAAUGAAAAUUGUGAUUACACUUUAGUAGGGGAAAGUGAAUUUUUAGUGAAAAAUAAGAAAAUUAAUAAUAAAUAUAACAAUGAAGAUAUUAAUUCAUUAGUUUCAAUGCAUGAUUACGAUUAUAACAAUAAAGUAAUAGAUAUAAUGGAGGAACCAAUAAUUCCCAAUAGUUGUAAAAAGGAGAGGAUGCAUUAUCAAAGUUAUGAAAAAAAAAGUGAUAAAAACGAAUUAGAGAUUAAAAGUAUCAAUUCCAAUGAAAAAAAAGAGAAAAGCAAUAAAGAGAGUAAUUUUGUAAGCUAUGUAAAUUUAACCGUUGAUCGUAUAAUUUUACCAUUUCAUUUAUUAAAAAAGUUAAAUAAUAAAUUUAGUAAAACUAAUGAAAAAAACAAAUCAGAAGAAAUUUUUAUAGCAUUCUAUAUUGAAAUAUAUCAAAGAGUUGGCGAGGAAAAAGAAGAAAAGUAUGAAUUAUUAGCUUCCUCUGUUCCUAGAAUAGUUAAUUACACUGAUAAAUUUUUUUCUAAUGAUAAUCUUGAAGAUAAUAAUAUUUCAUUUAUUUCAAAUAACAAUGAAAAUAUUAAGAAUAGAAAUAAUUCUUAUCUAAAAAAUUCAAUAAAAAAAAAAAAUAAAGAUAAUAAUUAUGAAAAUAAAAAAAAUAUCAUUAUUAAUGACAAAGGGAAAACAAACAUUGAAUGUAACAAUAACAAUAAAGAAGUAAAUACAACAUCUGAAAAAUCCAAUGACAAUAUAAAUAGUUUAGAUAUUAAUAAUUCUAAAAAUAGAGAUAAUAGUAAAUCAUUUAGUAAACCAUUAAAAAUAAAGAAAAAGAAGAAAAAAAACAAAUGUAAACUAUUUGAUAAAUAUUUAAAUAUAUACAACUUAAAAAUAAAACAUAAUGAAGUUAUCGAAAGCAAAAAUUUAUUUGUAGAAGGUAAAAUAAUUAUUAGAGCAUUAAUCUCAUUGAAUUAUGAUUCAGAAGAUUUAAUUAUUGGUGAGCAUUUUUUUAAAAUAAAGAAUAUGUUAUACGAAAAUAAAAAUAUAACAUUCUGUUCAGAAAAUCUUUUCUAUCCAAUUAAUAGCAAAUAUUUUUUGCAUGAAGAUCAUAAUUAUAAUAAAAUGGGUAUUAAUGAUAUUGUAAUAGAAAAGAAUGAAUCUGAUGAAUUAUUAAUGAAAGAAAAUACAAUAUGUAAAAGUCACAUAAAAGCAACAGAUGAGGAGGAUGAAGAAAAGGGAAAAAAGGUAAGUAAUAAUGAUACUUUUAAUUUCAUUGAAGGAAAUGAUAAUAAUAUGAUAAAAUAUAUGAAUGAAAAUGACACAAUAAAUAAUAUUAAAGAAAAAAAAGUUAUAGGAUACAUAUCUUACAAAUAUCAAAUAAAAAAAAAUAAAAACAAAAGUUCUGAAAAGAGAAAAAAAUUAUUAAUUCCAAAUUUUAUAAAAAUAUAUUUUAUUAAAUAUGAUAAAAAUAAUUUAAAAAUAAUAAAUGAAAAAAAUGAUGUUUUACAAAACACAAUUUAUGAAAAAAUAUUUAGUGAUGUAUUAAUAAAAGUAAAUUACAGAAAAUAUGUAAAUAUAGAAAUGUUUAUUAAAUCAUUGAAAAAUACAAAUUACAGUAGUGAUAUCAGUUAUUUUAAAAGAUUUUUUCAUUAUUUUAUCAAUUAUGAUAAUACCUUAUAUUUUCCAUUAGAAACUAUAUUAAUAAUAUUAGCAUUAAGAAGAUUAUCUUUUCAUUUUUUAAGUUCGUUUUCUUAUUUUUUUGAUGAAAUUAAAAAAUUUUUUUCAAAUUCUCAUGAAGUAGGAAUAGUUGAAUGGGCAUAUUUAUUAAAAUGCCUGUUAAAAUCUCAAAAUCAAUUUAUAAAGACAGAAAAUAAAAAAAAAAAAAAAUAUAUAAAAAAUAAAAAACUUCUUACACACAAUAAUUUACAAGUUAAUUAUAAUUCUUUUUCAACUUUUUCUUCUACAAGUAAAAAUAAUUCUCAUUUUUUUUCUGAUGAAGAAAAAAGGAAACAAAAAAAAAAUAAAAUUAAAAGGAAAAUAUUAAAUGAAAAAGAUUGGUGUUUAUUGAAUAAUUGGAGAAAAUGGCACAUACGUAGUAAUAACAAAAAUUAUUUUUUUUUAUAUUUAUUUUUAAGUGAUAUAGUAACAUUCUAUGAAGAAUACAAAAAUUACUUAAAACAAGAAAAUCACAAAAUACCAUUUUUUUAUAAUAAUAAAAAAUUUAUAAAAAUUCCAUCAUUAAACGCAAAAGGUACAAAUAAAAUAAAUAAAUUAUUGAAUAGAAGAAACAAUGUUGCAUCUUCAGAUGAUAAUAAAAUGAAUAAAUUCGAUAAUAUAAAAAAUAAUUUUCAAAAAUCAAAUAUAAAUGUUGAAAAUACUAUUUUAAAUGAUAAUAAUCAUAAUAAUGAAAAUGCUAGCUAUUACUUACAUUCUAAAAAUAAAAAAGAAGCAAGAAAUAAUUUUUUUUCAAGAAAAUUUUCUCACUUAAAAAAUAAAAAAAAUUCGAAUGACUAUUCCUUACUGAAUUUUUUUAAAAAUAAGGAUAUACACAGUUAUUAUAUGAAAAAAGAAAAUGAUAAUUGCUUUAGUGAAAACACAAGUAACACAUUAUAUUCAGACACAUUUAAUACUAAAAUGUCCGAUUUAAUAAGAAGUAAAUGUAUUAAUAAUAAGACAUCUGUUUAUCAAUACAAUAUAUUGAAAAAUGAUAGUAGAGAUAUAAGAUCAAAUAAGGAAUAUAAAAAUUUGUAUGCAUUAGAUAGUAUCACCAAAGGUGUUAAACAAAGUAGCAUAAAUAAAAAAACCAAUUUCAUAAAGAAGCAUCAUAAUUUAAAUGUAAGUAAAUACAAAAUAUUUGUAAAAGUAAAGAAAAUUUUAUAUCCCUUUUCAUUAAUCAAUAAUGAAAAACCAAACAUAUUUUUGUCAUUUCAGAUAGUUUUAAAUAAUUAUGAUUUUAUAAAUAAAAAUGAUAUAUUUCCGUUUUUAAUAAAUAAUAAAAAGAAUUAUAUCAUAAAUAGAGUUCAAGCAAAAAGUAAUAUAUUUUUUAAUGAAUGUCAUCCAGUAUUAAAUAUUUCAACUAUGUUAAAAUUACCGCAUUUUGAAGAAUUAAAUAAAAUUUUUAAUGUAAAUAUGAAAAAUGAAGAUUUUAAGUUUUACUUAGAAAAUUUAUCUAUACAAUUAUGCAUUUAUCAUGUAAUUAAUUACUUUGAUCAUCACAAAAGUAAUAAUUAUGAAAAACACUGCUUAUAUUAUUCAUCUAGUACAUUAACAGUACAUAAUAAUUUUAGCAAGCUUAAUUAUAUUAAAGAAAAGAAACAAAAGAAAAUAUUAAUUGCUAAUACUUUAAUACCAUUAAAUGUACUAUUAAAAAAAAAUAAAACAAAAAUAAGGGCACCUUUAAUUUUUUCUCCAUUUUUUACAACAAAUAAUAGUAAAAAUUUUAUUGAAAUUAUUCUCAAAUACGAUGAUAAUAAUUCUGAGGUUAAUAGUAAAUCAUUUUUACGAAAUAAUUAUAAAUGUCUAUUAAAAAAGAUUGAAGGAAAAAAUAACAUUUCUCCAAAAGUAAUUCAUCAUAAUUCUUUAGAUAUUGAAAAUAAUAAAAAGAAAAAAGCCAAAAUUCUUAAUGAUUCACUUAUAAUUACAAAAAACAACUUAUGUAAUAAUGAAAAAAAAGAGAAAAAAGAAUUACUUGAUUUUUUUAAUAUUCCUUUACUAACAUUACCUAAAAUACCACCUCCUAUAUCUUAA